GAACGUGUUUGGAACCCAAAUCUGCUGGCACUCUAUGGCUACUGCUACCAAGAUAGCAAUGAGAUCCCAGACACGCUGACGACCAUCACUGAACUAGGCUCGCCCUUAGAGAUGAUUCAGCUUUUACAGACUUCCUGGGAAGACAGAUUUCGAGUAUGUCUCAGCUUAGUUCGGCUUCUACAUUAUUUGGCUCACUCUCCUCUCGGCUCUGUGACAUUACUGGACUUUCGCCCUCGGCAGUUUGUGAUUGUGGAUGGGGAGCUGAAGGUGACGGAUCUGGAUGAUGCCAGCAUCGAGGAGAGCUCUUGCACCAGUAACAGUGAUUGUUUCAUGGAAUUCCCUGCCAGGAACUUCACCCUGCCCUGUUCGGUGGAGGGACGGUGCCAGAGCAUGAAUGAGAAGAGGAAUCUGUACAAUGCCUACAGGUUUUUUUUUACUUAUCUUCUUCCACACAGUGCUCCAGCCUCACUGAGACCAUUACUGGAUAAGAUAGUCAAUGCAACAGGAGAACUUCACUGGGGAAUAGAUGAGACAGCUGCUCAGCUAGAGAGAGUUUUGAAUCUGUAUAAGAGUGGAGAGUACCUACAGAACACAACCCGGAUGCCGAAAGCUGAGUACAGACGAGUGCCUGAAGCUUUUAUUCCUGAUGAGAACUACAGAUGCUGGCCAUCUUACCAUCAUAAGGGCUGUCUUCUCUCCGUAUUUGAUGUCAACGAAGCCAUUGAGAUCUGUGACAGCUACUCCCAGUGCAAAGCUUUUGUCUUAACUAACCAGACAACUUGGACAGGUCGGCAGCUUGUCUUCUUCAAGAUGGCCUCAAAUCAUAUCGUGCCUGAUCCUGACAAGAUAACGUAUGUGAAGGUGACAGACUGACACCUAAAGUGGUUCAGUCUGACAAGUGAGUGACAAGGGCUGUUUGUGUAUAAAUAUAGGCAGCUGUUAGGUAUAAUGUGGCUAUGGCCGGAGAGAUAAUUGCACUAUUACUCAUUCUAAUCUACAGAGUGCUAAAAAAACUUUAAAGAAAUAACCUGCAUGACCAGGAUGAAUGUGCAAUAAACCAACAUUUUGAAAAUAUUAUUUUUAAAAAAAAACAAAGCAAAAUACAAGAUAUGAUACACUGUUAGGGUAUAAUUUUGGUUUUAAAUCAGCUGGCAGCUCUGGCUUUUCUAACCAAGGUUAGCAUAACGUUUCUGACCUGUGCAUGUGUGCACAGGGAUGAAAGCUGAUAAUUUCUAUGGGAAGUCUGUAUCCUCCGCGCUGAUAUUUAUUUGGGCAUGUACAAUCACAACAGAGCAACUGAAGCAUAUCAUUUUGGAAGCUGAAUAGCAAACGUUUCUGAAGACAAUCAGCAUUUAUGUUAAAGCUAUCAAAUAU